AUGGAAUUCAACCCAUCAGAUCAUCCACGGGCCAGUACGAUAUUUCUCAGUAAAUCGCAAACAGAUGGAAAAUUAUUGAGAGAAAAACGCAAGAGUCUCUAUAUAAACCACCAUCCUCCUGGGCAGUUGAGAAGGAAGUACAGUUCCUGCUCCACUAUUUUUCUGGAUGACAGCACAGUCAGUCAACCAAACCUCAAGUAUACCAUCAAAUGUGUAGCUCUUGCAAUAUAUUACCACAUCAAAAACAGGGACACAGACGGAAGAAUGCUCUUAGAUAUUUUUGAUGAAAACCUUCAUCCCCUUUCGAAAUCCGAAGUGCCACCAGAUUAUGACAAACAUGACCCAGAGCAGAAACAGAUUUACCGCUUUGUUCGGACGUUGUUCAGUGCUGCUCAACUGACUGCUGAAUGUGCCAUUGUCACCCUGGUAUAUCUUGAAAGACUUUUAACUUAUGCAGAGAUAGAUAUUUGUCCAGCAAACUGGAAGCGAAUUGUGCUGGGUGCAAUUCUACUGGCAUCCAAAGUUUGGGACGAUCAGGCAGUGUGGAACGUGGAUUACUGCCAGAUCCUGAAAGAUAUCACAGUUGAAGACAUGAAUGAGCUGGAACGCCAGUUUCUUGAGCUGUUGCAGUUCAAUAUUAAUGUUCCCUCCAGUGUUUAUGCCAAGUAUUAUUUUGAUUUGCGUUCCCUGGCAGAAGCAAAUAACCUGAGUUUUCCUUUGGAGCCCCUCAGCAGGGACAGGGCAUAUAAACUUGAG